AUGGAAAACCCGGAGGAUUCUAUGUUCUUCAACCCCUUUGGGGCUCUGAAAAGCCAGAUGGACUUUAUUGGACAUCAGAUGUUGCGGCUGUUACAAGUGAUCGGACAACCACCAUGUGACUGUGCCAAUUGUGAAACACAUUUACAUAACAAACCAGCGAACUUACAGUUGAGACGUCAGAGUUCAUGUGACCACAAAUCGAACGCUUCGGAUCGUGCACAUUCUGAAGAGUCCACGGCUGCCGGGCCGCUGAAGCCGUCGAUUGGAGGAGUUGAUUUAGCUGGAUUUCAAAGUAAGUUUUGGACAGGUUUGGUCGUAUAAAAUAUUAUAAAGUAUUUUUUGUUAUAGAAAAAAUUUAACACUCAGCCUACAUAAGUUAAGACUAGUUAUAACUUUUUUUUUUCAGAAGGCAACCGUCGUUCCAAAUAUUUCACAGAAGAAGCCAAGCUCAAAGUCGCUGAAUACGCAGUAAUGCACGGUGCGUCAGCAGCAGCCAGAAAAUUUGGAAUCGCCCCUUCUGUAGCAGCGUAUUACCAACGCAAAAUGAAGAAGAACCUUACGGAACGUCGGAUCCACGAUGACCUUCGACGUCAAGGAAGCACGGAAGAAGGCGAAAGUGGCAACGAAUCCCCACUCACACCCAACGGUAACGGCUUCACAUUUGCCUUCAGACAACGCGGUCGUCCCAAGCUGAUUGGCGACGGUCUUGACGCCGAGCUCGUGGAGCACAUUGUCGAAGUGAAACACUCGAAACCCACCUUCAACGUGACCGCAUCGUUCGCUUUGGCCGAAGCCAAACGCUACAUCGCACAGCGUCGGCCCGAGCUACUGGAAGAGAACGGUGGUAGCGUGAAUCUGAAGAUAACGUGGGCCAUGAAGUUGGUCAAUCGCGUGAAUGAUAGGUAUCGUGAAAAGUACGGUGACGUGAUUCAUCCGAUCGGCCAGAAAUUCGACAUAUUUGAGGAGAAGAACACACUGAACGAUCAGCUUCUGAAGCUGUUUUCUGGUAACGAUCCCACGAUGACUCCAGAAUUACUGACUCAAGUUAUGAUGCAGAUGCAGGAGGGCAAUAUUGCUGCAUGUAAGUUGAUAUUUUUCAAAAAUCAAGGUUUAUAUUAAAAAAAUCUUUGGUCCAAAAUAAUAUUGUUACCUAAUUUCAGUGCUAGACCCAUCACUGUUCAAUGAAAGUACUUCAAAAACCCAAGAUCUAAGCCAAAGCCAACAAGUUCCGGAUUCUGAAUCUCCGAAGUUGUUCAACCAAUCCAUAGACCAUGAAUUUGACACUGAAAUCAAGCCUGAUGACUACAGUAAACUAUUUGGUUCUGGCGUGGUUUCGGCGGAAAUUUAA